AUGAUCAUGAAGGAGAAUGUUGAAGAUUUUCCAAUGGAUGAGCUUUCUACAUCAAUGAAUCCUAACUUAACUUCAUCGUUUAGUGAUUUAAAUAAUUCCGAAUUAUACAUCCCACAUCCUACGUACAUUUUACCUACAUGUCCAUCAGAUGAAUCAAAUGAUAAUUUAAUUUGUAUGGAUUUCGAAUUGAACCAUUAUCUUAAAGAAGUAAUGAAUGCUAUGUAUGAAUUAUUUCAAUCUCAAAAAUUAACAGAUGUCACUUUGUGUGUAAAUUCAGAAUCAAUUCAGUGUCAUAGAAUUGUUUUAGCUGGUGCAUCACCAUAUUUCAGAGCUAUGUUCACCAGUGAAAUGCGUGAAUCACUUCUACCUGUAAUUAAACUGCACUACAUAUCUUCAACUGCUUUAAAAAAAUUGAUAGAUUUUGCGUAUACUGGUAGAAUACAGAUUAGUGAACGUAAUGUUUGUGAAUUACUUAUUGCUGCGUCUAUGAUUCAAAUGUCCCAUGUUGUACAGGCGUGCUGUAGUUUUCUGAAGCAUCAGUUACAUCCAUCGAAUGCUAUUGGCAUACAAGAAUUUGCAUAUUCUAAUAAUUGUUCAGAUUUAUCAUUUAUUGCUCAAAAAUUUAUUGAUCAAAAUUUCGGGGAAAUUGUUAAACAUGACGAAUUUUUAGGUUUAAAUUCCAACCAACUUUUAGCUCUGAUUAAACGUGAUGAAUUAAAUGUACGGACUGAAGCUGAGGUGUACAACGCAGUGAUUCGAUGGAUAAAUCACAACAGAGCUGCUAGAUUACCUGUAUUGCUCGAAGCAUUAUCCGCUGUCAGAUGCUAUACACUUCCUCCAGCAUUUAUACAAGGACAAAUAAAAAAUUGCAGUCUUUUGGCAGGUUUCACUCCAGCAAAAUCUCAUUUGCAAAAUAUCCUGAAUGACCUUAUUGAACACCGUUAUAUUUCCGUCAACAAACGGACUGCUGGCUCAAUGGAAAUCCUUUAUUCAGCUGGUGGUUAUUUACGAUAUUCAUUGAGUGCAUUUGAAUGUUAUAAUCCGGUCACAGCUAAAUGGCGACGUCUACCAGAUAUUCCUAGUCCACGUAGUGGUCUAUCCGCAUGUUCUGUACGCGGUUGUGUAUAUCUUGUUGGAGGAAGAAAUAAUAAUGAACAAGGUAAUAUCGAUGCACCUCAUAUGGAUUGUUACGACCCAAGAAAAAACUGUUGGACUACUUGUGCUCCUAUGUCAGUCCCCCGUAACAGGGUUGCAGUUGGCGUAGUCGAUGAUAUGAUUUAUGCUGUCGGUGGUUCCACGAAUACAAUGCAUCAUAGAAGCUCUGAAAAAUACGACCCAGACAUGGAUCAAUGGAUACCUAUAGCUUCUAUGCAUAGCCGCAGGAUUGGACUAGGAGUUGCUGUACUUAAUCGUUUGUUAUAUGCUGUUGGCGGUUUCGACGGUGAAAAACGCCUGAAUACAGUUGAACGUUACAAUCCUGAAACUGAUAGUUGGGAAGAGUUAGCAUGCUUAAAUCGUGCCAGAUCUGGUGCAGGUGUUGUUGCACUCGGAGAAUACAUUUAUGCUAUUGGCGGCUAUGAUUCUUGUAGCCAGCUAAAUACAAUGGAAAGGUAUGAUCCCAAACGCAAUUGUUGGGAAUAUUGUGCAUCUAUGCUACAUCCAAGAUCAGCAUUGAGUGCUUCUGUAUGGGGAAAUGAAAUAUGGGUUUUUGGAGGUUAUGAUGGAAGUGAAUUCCUUUCCAGUGUCGAAGUCUAUAAUCCAACAACAGACCAGUGGACUGAACGAACUUUUAUGGAUUGUGGUAAAUCUGGGCAUGCUGUUGUACUUAGCCGUGAACCAUCUUUCUAA